ACAUGAAAAUUACAUAUUAUAUUUAAAUGAAUACUUUGAAGAUUGUAUAUUUUUGUUACGGAAUAUAUGGAUGCAUUGUUGUUUCGAAGUACAUAUGGAUUAUUUUCAUCCAGUAUACACAUACAGGUGUUGUGGCCUUGUUUCAUAGCGCUACUCUACCACUAGGGGCAGUGUGUUAUGAACUGUUCAUAUAGGAAAAUGAGAAUAAAAGAACGAGUGAAUGUAGUGCUUGCAAAUCGCCAAAUUGUUAUUGAACAGCAGUUUUAUUUGAAUAUACGGGACAUCAAUAUCCAAGACCUGCUUGAGCAGUUUUUUUUUGGUGCAUUUUAUAGAAUAUUCAUUAUUUUUCUUUCGCGCUUUUCAAAUUGUCAUUUUACUUUUUUAAAUUAUCUUCACAGAAGGCGAAAAUAACUCGCUUUUAUGCGUCUGUUCCUGUGCUGUAAAGUAGAUUUGAAUGAAAAUGGGCAGAAGGAAGGCUGAACAGGAGACUCCGGUGAGAAGGUCCUCCCGCCUUAGGGAUAUCCCGCCCGAUAAGACAGGUAUUAUGGAACCCAGUCAACAAUCAGAAUCCAGGACAGAUGACUGGAUUGGACCUCAUCUACGGAAAAGUAUUAAAGCUUAUAGAAAUCCCACAUCAGAACCAGAACCUACAUCAGAACCAGAACCCAACAGCAAACCUACUAAGGAAAAGGAAAAACCUGAUGAAGAUCCAAGGGAGAUUGCUCCAGCCAGGGUGCAUUCAACAAAAAUUCCUACUUACCAUGGGUCAACAGUGAAAAUUCCCCUUCCAAUGCAGAUAACAGCAGCAGAACCAAGAGUUAUGCUAGGAUUUAGGGUUCCUAUGAAAUUAGACAGAAGAGAAAUCAUACCCGAGACAACCAGAUUGGACAGCCCCUCCUCAGAUCAAGGGGCAACACUGAAAGGAACUGAAGAUGUACAGGAAAAACUUGUUUCUCCACCUGAAGAAACUGUAAAACAUAUUCCAAUCCUCUCAGAAUCAGUCUUGGAAGAAAAAGUCAAAGAUGAAAGUACUAAGCUUGACACAGAAAUCUUACAGCCACGUACUAAACAGGACAGACUGGCUAGAGGAAAAUUUGCUAAGCCAAACACUAUAACAACUCUGAAAAACUUAAAACCCGUGACUGCAGGACACACAAAAAAGAGGUGCUUGUCAUUUUUGUGGCUAUUCUUUCUACCAAUACUUGGAGUGAUUUUGUGGUAUUAUGAAAUUCCAAGAUCUGGCAAAGCCCUCCUUCAAGAGAUGUCAUUUGUCUCGGACCCAUCCAUUUUUGUAGGCAUGUUUAUGGGUCCAGAAGAGCUUUGUGAAUCUGACUGCGGCUUUCAGCUGGUUGAGAGCAUACCUACUGGGCUUGAAUACGCAGAAGGUAGCCCUCUGUAUCCAUCCAUAUUUCAAGCAUGGAAGCAUCUUUUAAAUGAAGCUAAUGGCAGCGUGGACAUUGCAGCUUUUUACUUUACAUUAAGAGAUACAGAAUUGGAAAACUUAGAUCCUUCAGCUGAUCAGGGCAGGCAGAUCUUUGAAGCACUCUCUCAGCUGCAGCCUCGGGGAAUAAAGCUAAGCAUAGCAGUCAACAGUCCACAGUCUUCAGACCAGGACACCACAAGUCUUUCUGAUACAGGUGCUGAAGUGCGUAAUGUAGAUUUAAAGGCGCUGACUGGUGGAAUCAUUCAUACAAAGUUGUGGGUUGUGGACAAAAAACAUGUUUAUGUUGGCAGUGCAAAUAUGGACUGGCGAUCUCUAACACAGGUAAAGGAAUUAGGUGCCACAGUUUAUAAUUGCAGCUGUUUGGCACAUGAUAUGGAGAAGAUUUUCCAGAUGUACUUUUAUCUGGGAAAGAAAGAUCACUUCAUUCCAGCGCUCUGGCCUACUGAAUAUACUGCGGAUUCCAGUAAAGAGUAUCCUCUUAGCCUUAAGCUUAAUGGUGUUCCAUCAAAAGUAUACUUAUCGAGUGCCCCUCCUUCUCUCUGUGGAGAUGGUCGCACUGAUGACUUGACUGCAAUUAUUGAUGUCAUCCAAGAUGCUCAGAAAUUCAUCUACAUUUCUGUCAUGGACUAUUUACCAAUGUCUGAAUAUAGCACACCCAAAAGGUUCUGGCCAACUAUUGACACUCAGCUUAGAGUUGCUGCUUGUGAGAAAAGAGUACAAGUGCGUUUGCUAGUGAGCUGCUGGGAGCAUUCAUAUCCUCCAAUGUUUGUCUUCCUUGAGUCCUUGGAUGUUCUAAAACAGAAACCACUGGAAUGCAAAAUAGAAGUGAAAAUAUUCCAUGUUGGCCCUAAUCCUGACCAAAGGAAGAUUCCCUUUACCAGAGUGAAUCAUGCCAAGUACAUGGUGACUGACAGAGUAGCUUACAUAGGAACCUCUAACUGGUCCGAGAGUUACUUCACUCAAACAGCUGGAGUUGGAAUCGUGAUAAACCAGACAGACGCUAGUGUGACUGAAGACCAGGCCACUGUGCAAAGCCAACUAGAGGCUGUUUUCCUUAGGGACUGGAAUUCAAAUCAUGCUGUUUCCUUGGAAAAGGAGUACAGUAAAAAAUGUCAUGUUCAUCAUAAUUAAACAAUUAUUGCUAAAUAGUAACAGUGUGAAAUCUUAGAAAAUGUAAUUCUAUCGUGUGCCAAAGUCUCUUGCAUUUUCACUGCUGUUUAGAAAUGCAUAGUUCUCCACCUACAGGGCUUCAUGUGGCUUUGCAUUCAUUAUCUAGUAAUCUCAGUGCCAAUACAUGCUUCAAAUGAAAUUCUUUACAGAAACUGUUUCUUUUAUACAUUUUAUUUAGUUUUGGUAGUUACAUCAUGUGAAGAAUACAGAAUAUACAUAACUUCUAAAGUUAAAAACUACAGCAAAAG